AUGCAUAUUCCAAUUAUUGACUUUUCCACUUUCUUGGAUCCAUCGAGCAGCGAUGGAGCUAAACUCAAAACCGCAAAGGAACUCGAUCAAGCAUGUCGCGAGGUCGGCUUCUUCUAUCUAGCUGGCCACGGAAUCGAUUCGACAGUGUUCAAAGACAUGCUUGCGAACGCGAAACAUUUUUUCACCACGGCUUCCCACGAGGAGAAAGAAGAGAUCAAAGUGAAGCCAAGCGGCGAGGGUUCUGGUGAUGACAGCAGAGGCUAUAGGGUGGUAGAACGAGCUGACGCGGGUUACGAGGCUCUCGACUUCCUGCGCGAGCUCGAAACUGAGGGACCGCCAUACACAAAAGGUCUUGGUCGCAAUCAAUGGCCUAAAUCACCAUCUAAUUUUCGUUCGGUCGCUGAAGACUACACUGCGCGUCUUGUGGAUCUUGGUAUCGCCAUCAUGAAAGCAUUCGCCAUGGCAUUGGACGUUCCCGAAAAGGUGUUUGUCAGCAGAAUCGACCAAUCUUUUUGGCAGCUUCGUAUGGCUGCAUAUCCAGGGGUCCCCAAAGAUUCGGACACAUCAAAGAGCGGAUUGUACCAACACAGCGAUUUCGGUAUACUCACAUUCCUGCUCACCGAUGAACACAGAGGGUCCUUGAAAGUCCUCGCUCCGAACGGAAAAGACUGGAUAUCUGCGGACCCCGUUUCCGAUGCCCUUAUCUGUAACAUAGGCGAUAUGCUCUCGGUAUGGACUGACGGUAUUUACAAAAGCACACAGCACAAGGUGCUCCACAACAGCGAGAACACGCGCAUCUCUAUACCGUUUUUCUUCGAUCCCAAUUGGGAUGCUAGGAUUGAACCAGUGUUGGGAAACUCGGACGAAAAGUCAAAGACUGAGGGCGUGAAUUACAAGGAUAUUUUCACAGGGGCGAUCAAAUAUCCUUAUUAA